ACUCAUAAAAAGAAUAUCACUAGCUAGUUAAAACCCUAAAUUCCUAGAAUGGCGGAGGUUGCUACCGAAAUUGCAAAGAAGGUGGAGGCAAAGGCGGAGACGCCAGUGACCGUGGCACCAACUAAAACGGUGGAGGCUGCAAGGGCGGAAGAAGCUGAGACCAAGGUGACGGUGGCACCUCCCAAACCGGUCGAGGCUACAAACAAAUCGGCAGAAGAGACGUCUAGCUUGGUGGGAAAGCUUGAGACAGAAGUGGAGAUCAAAGCUUCUGCCGGCCAGUUCCACCACAUGUUCACCGGGAGACCACACCAUGUUUCCAAAGCUUCUCCAGGAAACAUUCAAGGCUGUGAUCUGCACGAAGGGGAAUGGGGGAAACCCGGUUCUAUCAUCUUCUGGAACUACGUUCAUGAUGGAGAGGCAAAGGUAGCAAAGGAGAGGAUCGAGGCGGUGGAGCCGGAGAAGAACCUGAUCACAUUUAGGGUUAUAGAUGGUGAUCUGAUGAAAGAGUACAAAAGCUUUUUGCUCACGAUCCAAGUGACCCCUAAGCACGGUGGGACAGGGAGUAUUGUGCACUGGCACCUUGAGUACGAGAAGAUUAGCGAGGAGGUUGCUCAUCCCGAGACUCUCCUCCAGUUCUGUGUUGAAGUCUCCAAAGAGAUCGACGAACAUCUCUUGGCCGAUGAAUAAAUCAAAGGAAUGUGUGUUGUGCCUUAAGUUAUGUAUUUUUAUUAAGACGCGCAAUAAAGGACUAUGGAGCCAUAUCUUUGUGAGAGAUAAAUUAAGAGUGUGCGAUGCUUAUGUGUGUGUAUGCUAAGAUCGUAUUUACGUUGUAAGUUGUAACUAUGAGAAGCGACGUGUACUAGCUAUGAUGAGUCUACUAUAUAAUAAGACUACAGUAUGCUGUUUUUCUAUAGCAUCUGUUUGGUUUUACGGAUC